AUGGUGCAGUACUUACCCAUCAAUUCCAUGCCAGCCAGCCAAUUUGACAACCUCAACUUCCUCACAACAUUUCUUCACCUCUGCAAAGAGUUCAUCUAUCCUGUCGGUUCCAAAACAAGAAAAUGUGGAGGUAUUAUGUGGGCCAUUGGAUGGCGGAAGGCUUAUGAAGGCCUUGAAAUCUUGGGUCGAUAUCGCAACAAGCAAGCCAUCAAGAAAAACCUGGCCCGUUACAAGGCACUCAUGGACGACUCAGCCCAAGCUGGAGAGGUCCUUUGGAAUUUCUUCCAUGUAUUCGGGAAUGUUUCAGUUGAAAAAAACAAGGCUCACAUGGAUCGAUUUGGAAUUCCCUCGUUUGCUGAUAAAAACUUUCCCAAAAAAGCCGAGGAUCAGUCCCCCUAUGGAUUUGCAUCCAACCUGGCCUAUUCAUCCAAUGGCUUCUACAAUCACCAACACAAAGACAAUGUCGAUGAAUCUGAACUCCCUCUCGCCUUUGCUAUGCCUUAA